GGAAUUACAAAAGUAGUUUUAAGCGUUGUUUUGCAGGGAAUUGGCGAGAAUUAUCGAGCGAAAUAUCUGCAGACACCGCGUGAUCGCCUAUUUGGUCGACGGUCCCGAUUCCCGCAGCAAGUCGACGUCGGGUCAUCCUAGCGCUGAGCCGUCUAAAUUAGUUCGUACUUUCACAGGUCGUGAAUCUCGUUCCAGCAGAGAGCCGAUUCUUAGCGAUACGUCAAGUGAUUCUCCGAAUACUCCUUGCGCGCUCGAUAGAAGUGAUGAAGCUCCUGGCGAUUCUCGUAGCCUACAAAUAUCUCCACGCGUCGACCAUUGUUAGCGCGAAAGCCAAUUAAACUGAGAAACUUUCGACUUAAAGAGAUAGCUCUCCGUGCGGAACAAGUUUAAGCGACGCCCGUGACGACGACGAUGAUGAUGCGAUGAUGAUGCGAUGAUGACAGUAGCUCACAUUGUAGCUCACAGCUGUACCCUAGUAUUGAGAACCUUCAUGAAAGGGUAGAAGCCCCUUCCCAGAGAACGAAAUGGAAGAUGCCCGUGGACGGUCACUUCUGAACAUCCUUUUGGUUCGAUUGAAAGAGACCACCCAAACUCAUACAGCUUUGCUAUUUCUCUCGGCCUUUAACCAGAGAAGGUCUUCAGGGAGAAUGCUUCUUGUACAUCAUGUACAUGUGAAAAAAAUUAUCUGUCUAGUAAAACAAAAGGGGAAAUAAACCCCGAAAAUCCGGACAUCGCGCAACCGCUCAAACCCAAGCACGCGUUCUGUAUGAUCCACCAUUGUCGCUUACCUAGCAAUUUGGACGCUUCUCCAGAAAGGCAAAGCUGUAUAAUCCGCUUCUUCAACUGCGAAGUAUCCAAAUGAUCUCCUUAAGUUCGAGCACGAAAUUGGAAGGCGCCACGCAUCGGGUGCUACUUUAGCCUUUGGCCAAACGGACGCAGACGACAGAUGUGCGGCCUGCACAGGAGCGUCUCGGUAUGCAUGCAAUACGCAAUUAGACAAUGCAGAUACAAAAGAUACGCGCAGAAACUGUUCGUCCGCAGGGCAUCACGGGUCUUCCAGACGGAUCUGCCUUUAUGGAUUGCACCAUACGCAUCUGGAGAAAAGUAUCAUAAUGCUGGCUUACGUCGUUUAUAAAAUACUUAACAAACACCAGCUGCUAUCUUCAAGCCUGUUAGGAAAUUGUACAGGAAAUGGCGGAAAUGCUUUUGGCGACUCAAUCAGCCGAUAUGUACUAUUCGGCCAAAGUGCUUACUGGGCUUGAUACCACAUGGCGGCGGGACUUCAUCCAGCGCUGGAUUUUGCAAUUAGUGAAUAAUUCAGACAACACCAGGACAGUCGACCCAAUUCGCGCUUUGGAAAGGUGUCGUAGGCUACCCAAGACGAUAGACGAAUUUGAGGAAAAGACGACCGCGGAAAACAGGCAGAAUUUCAGUCUGGGACAAGCGACCGCCCUCGGCGGACCCGACGUCGCGAUUGUUCUUGCCUUUUUCAUGGCAAGUCCAAAACCGCUGUCUCUAAACGAAUUGGAAACCCGGUUUUUGAAGUUGAGGGGUGCCACCCUACCGCUGUCGGCAGUUCACAUCUUACAUGAAAUGGGAGCCAUUCAAACCGUGCCUUUUGAAACGAGAAAUCGUGGCACAGAAAAUGCGUCCCCUAGAUUCGAUGUACAGGAGUUCUGCCGUAUUGUACGCGACUUGAUUCGACAGAUGAAUCAUGACCCUGAUGCUGUUUAUUAUUUAAUCCUUGCAACUGGCAAAAAUGCUUUACCUUGUCUACCGUACAGCUGCACGCGUAGACGCUCAAUCGCUUGCCUCUUGGAAAAGUAUGGGGUGAGCCAGUUUCCAGAUCUUGAUGCGGCCCACAUGCUCGAAGACUUCGCAGCCUUUUUUGAGAAGUUGCAGUUAGCUAGGGACGAUAAAGUGGCUUUGGCUGAUUGCUACAAUGGAUAUAGGCUUAGGGAAUAUGUUGUUUUUCCAAGACGAGUUCCCGAUAAGGAAAACAUAAACGGCACGAAGAGUUGUUCGGCCGAAGAGAACUGCAACCGAAAACAUAAACAUCUUUCUCAGACCGCGCUUCAAACCUCUGGAAAUUCGGAGCAGCAGCGCCCAACGACAGCUACCAAAGGACGACGGGCGUUACGGCUAGCCGCCAUUUUUCCGUAUUAAAUGAUGAAGCUCGACGUACAUAUGUAGAUACCGGAUUGCAAUGAAAAGCGCUGUGAUUUCUCUUGGUCAUUGUUUUCAUUUAUCCAAGAAAUGUUUGCUUUGAUAGACAGAAGUGACAAAAAACCAUGGCAUGAGUUUGUGCAAAAGAAAUACGAUUGAUGCCAUAGUGUUUCCGCACUGGAAAACACAUAGACUUUGAAAAAGACAAGUAAACCUUCAAUAUAUUUUGUUAGUUUUUUAGUAUCUAAACAUAACGAUUUAUGUGGUGCAUGGUACGAUCGUUUGUCCUUUAACACAAUACUCAGCUGAUAGUCGAAUGAAAGAAGGUUCCUGCUUUGCGCAUCAUUCUAGGUGUUGAACUUCAAUGGAACCAAUGUAAUCGACAUACUUAAUUUUCUACAACAAAGCUGUUUUCAGCAGAGCUACGGAGCUAGCUCAGCGGUGGUAGUAGAUCUCUUUUUGUUUUAUUUUUACUGCGUAUCUGUGACAUACGUUUGAAAAUGUAACAUUCAAGUGACUAAUUUGUAGUACUGCAAUUGGACCGCAUGACCUAAUUAUGUAACAUGUAUUAUUCACGUAUAAAGGGACACAAUACUUACCCUAGCUAACGACGAAUGUCUUUUACAGCGACAGGGAUAUAAACAAUUUGUCGUUCAUCAAAUAUCUGUGUUUUAUAACUGUCACAUUAUUUAAUACAUUCAGCAGUUUAGUAGAUUUCGUUCUUAAGGCUGAAUAUGCCAAAAACGUGAUAAAAAGACGUCUAUGUUUCUGGAAUUGUCUAUUCGCAGAACAUUCCACACCGUUACGCUGUUAUGCAUCAUAAAUAUGCCUUGUGACAUUUCCAAGACAAAUAGCCUGCUGUAGUUUUAGCUUUGCUGACAGGCUACACAGGGUUGUUCCUGCCAGGACCCAGAUAUUCUGAAAAAUGAUACUUUUUUGGAUGAUAUACAUAUUCUAGCUACUGAUUCUUUUGAUGUUCUGACUGCAUAGAAGUAUUAUAGGUUGUCAAUGGCCUUACUCGACGGGCAGAAUAUGAGUGUCUUUAACACUAUAUAAAAACAAAAAGAACUUCUAUGUUCGUGCUGUAAAAUAUUACUAAAACCAGCCAAAUGAAUUGCGUUUCACCCAUAUGUGACGAAUCUGUACCGAUUCAAUACAAUGUCUAUGGCGGUGGACGAUCAUGACAUAAUGACAUAACUUACAGAUUAUAUAUGCCUUACUAUUAAAAAAAAAAAUAAGGACAAACAAUCAUGCAAACCCUACUUGUUUGCGAACUUGAAUGUUCUUGUAGCCGCACAUAACGUACUUCAAAAAACUAUGUAUGGGGUAGUACUUCCAUGCCUCUACGGAAUACAAAUAUAUC